CUUAUUACAUCAUUCUAAUACUCAAUGCGUAAAUUAAAAAGUAUUUUUUUUUCAGGAAAACUUGAUAAAGAUAGAGAUCCAUAUCAGCGAUGUUCUGGUGAUAAACGACAGAGAUUUCUCCAUCACGUACUCUUUGUACUUUAAUGUUCAGUGGUGGGAUCCUAGAAUUCAUGUUAAUACAGGCUUCUUUCAAGACAGGUUUGAUACACCAGAAGGAACUCUAACACCGGUAGAUCUAAACCUGAUUAACGAUCUCUGGGUUCCAAAUGUAUUUAUCUACAACCUCAAAUCAUUCCAGGUGAUUGAUGUUUUGUCUAAGCUGGCGGGACUAUGGGUCAGUCCUAGCAAGAAUAUUAUGUACUCACAGGCAAGUCAGAUCACAUUCAUCUGUCCAAUGAUUUUCAACUACUUCCCACUAGAUACUCAGAUAUCCUUCCUAGUUCCUACAGACGUGAUUCCAGGUAUAGAUUUCCUUCCUAGUUCAUGCAGACGUGAUUCCAGGUAUAGAUAUACUUCCUAGUUCCUGCAGACGUGAUUCCAG